AUGUUGCCCAAUUCGCCCAAAGGAGGUAGAAUCAGGGUUCCACUGGGUUUUGUAGGUGUUUUGGCACCACUUUUAAGAGAUCUACCAGAUUGUAGUUUAAAAUACAUGAAACCAGUGGCUAAUAUCAAAUGGGGAGAAGUCAUGCAAAAAGUUGGAGGUCCCAGAGCACUGGUCACUUGCUGUGAUGGAGAAGAAUAUUGUGCAGACUAUGUUAUAAUCUCUGUCUCUUUGGGGGUCUUAAAGAACCAUGCGGAUAAAAUGUUUUGCCCGUAUUUAUCCAAUGAAAAAAUGGAGGCUAUCAAUAACCUAGGUUAUGGUCACGUGAAUAAAAUCUUCCUGGAUUACACACGUCCGUUUUGGGUGUGGCAUGAAGGUGGGAUCAACUUUGCUUGGUCAGCUGAUGAAUUAAACAAUCGAUGUGAAUGGGUAAAAGGGCUCAGUGCUAUUGAGGAAGUAGAAGGAUCUAAACAUGUAUUGUGUGCGUAUGUUUCUGGACCUGAAGCACACGAGAUGGAAAGGGCUACUGAUGAAGAAGUAGCUGAAUGUAUCACCAAAGUAUUAAGGCAGUUUACAGGAGAUGCCUCUUUACCAUAUCCCACAUCAAUACUAAGAUCCAAAUGGUCUUCGGAUCCUUACUUUUGUGGCUCCUAUAGUUACUUAGGAAUUGGGUCAACUGUAGGUCAUCAAUGCGAUUUAUCAUCUCCUUUACCUGGAACAUGUGACGAGCCGCCCAUUUUGUUAUUCGCGGGUGAAGCUACCUGCGCUGGGCAUUACUCAACGGUACACGGGGCAAGGUUAAGUGGCAUCCGGGAAGCGGAAAGAAUUAUUCAACUCACCAAGAAAUUCAAAGGACCACCACCUAAUAAACCUAAGCUACAAGUUUAGAUUCUCAUCAAAACCCUAAAAAUUUAUCGUGUCUUGUUUAGGUUAGGUUCUAAAUUAUGAAUAAAUACGUGUUUUUGUUA